AGGGCCGCCAUCGAUAAAGGAACCCGCCGGUGUCCCGAAACUCCCAAGUUUGACGCCAUUCAGGACUGUGGUGUGUGUACGGCUACACGAGGCACACAGCCGCGUGUACAGUAGGAUCCCGGUUCACACCAGCGGCCCAAACGCACGGCGCAACAGUAGAGCUCUGCACGGAAUCGCUGCGACAAUGCACCAGACGGAGAUGAAGGCCUUAGCUCUGUGUUCGUUGGUCCUGCUGCUCACGCUAUUAUCAGCAAACGGUGCAUCAUAUCAGAGUUCCGAGGCGUCCGGCGGCGUCGAGGGAGGGCAGCUGGGCGACGUGCUUCUGGAGGAGCGCAUGGCGUGGGCCGACGGCGGAGGCCCCGACGAAGAGCUGGACGCGGCGGCGGAGACCAAGCGGGCCUUCCACGCCAUGCGGGGCAAGAAGGACGACGACACCUGGGACUCGGAGGACAAGCGCGCCUUCCACGCCAUGCGCGGCAAGCGGCUCCUGGCGCCGGCCAGCGUGGACUCCUUCAUCGCCCAGCUGCGCCGCGCCGUGCUCCAGGGCAAGCGCGGCUCCGGUUUCUUCGGCAUGCGCGGAAAGAGGCAGCUGCGUAACGGCCACAAGAGUUCGAGGACAAAGUUCGUCGCUUCGCGAGGUCGAAGGUCGGCCUCGGGCGAGCCUCCGGCCGAGGCGUUCUUCUAGGAGAUCUCCCCGCCCUCCGCCGCCGCCGCCGCCGCGCCCUCUUCCUGAACCCUCAAGUCCCGGCGCCAUUCCAACGUACCACCGCCGCCGCCGUCUCUCGCUCGCGCCAGUCAAGCACAUCCUCCGCCUCGGACGACGCCCGGCAGACUCGCCGGCAAAAGCCCGCCGCCGCGCAAACGUCCUUCCCCCUCGCCCACAGCGGAACGACCGCCGACGACGACAUCAGAGACCUCAAAGAAGCCAUCGUUCCUCAAGUUGAAGAUGAAAAACGUGGUGGGCGCUGAUACUUCAAUGUCACAAGAGGAAUGAUUGUCACCGCUGUAGAAUCGGUGCACCCGCGAUACCAAACGAUGGUUGUAACAAAUAUUUGUCGCGGGUAAACUGGCCGUUUGCUUCCAUUCGUUUGGACGUUCUACGCGCUUACGUGAUCUGUUUUACGUAUCAUUCUCCUUUCUCGCUACCCCUUUGGUAGUUUUUGGCAGCUGGAAUAGUUUAGCCGUAGUGGGCUUUUAGGCUAAACCGCAUGCUACCUACGUCCGCUGUUUUGAAAAUGUAUGUAUUAAAAAAAAACAAUGUCGCGUUUCUAUCCCUGAGUACUGUACAGCCUUUCUCGCGGUAAUUUGUGUUUGAUUUUUUCGCUGACCGAAAGGACAGCAAGUGGGGCAGUGGUUUAUUGUACUGCUUCAACGAUGUAUAGGCCCUUAUCGGCUGAAUUCCAGGGUGCCCGCCAUGGUCGUGUUAUAAUUUGUUUCUCUCUGGGUUCACGUUUUAAAAAAGAAAGAAGGGGGGGGGGGGUGAAUUCACGCUGACCUAGACCUAAGCCCGAUCAAGCCGGUAGUUUAGUGCUGUUUGGAGUGUUGAAAUCCAAGGUUUGACGGAAUCCCGUCUGGUCGGGAGGAGGCAUUGAAGAAAAGGAAUAAACGCCGACCACAAUAAAAACACUUUAAAAACAAACAAGACGUUUCGGCUCCCGCACGGGAGCCGAAACAUCAUAACACAUUCUAGUCAGUUCUAGCAGCUUUUUUUCCGUGCUGUGAGAAAUAAAACCAAGUGCAAUGUAACGUUCACUUGCCUGUGAUGUCAUUACGGUGAUAUGCCUUCAUUACGGCCAGUGAAUGGAGAAUAUGUCCCUACCAGGCCAACUAUAAAGAAGUGUGCACACCGAAAAAAAAAGAUUCCAUCCAUCUGAGCCCUCAGUGACACCUCGGGUUCUGCAAGCAAAGAACACGAACUAGUGAGUGAAAAAGAUUGCGGGUCAUGCCGUCACGAAGUGACAUAAACUUUACAUUGUUUACAGAAAACGGAGGCGGGGGGGGGGGGGGUUGCAUUUCAAGCACAUCCCUAUUACAAUUUAUGAGAGCCAUGACUUCAGAAAACGAACAAGAAGAUUCUUCAGCCUAUAUUGUUUAAGAGGAAAUUGACACGGAUAGGAAGAAAUAAAAGCACCGUAACAACAGCGUUUACACGCGCGCGCACAAAGCGGUAAUUAACGAUGGUUUUAGCAUCUUUUCAUAAGAGAUUGUUCUAUCUGAUGUACUAAACACUCGUUGUAACAAAGUUUCAAAACGAUAGUCUAUUUUUAAAAAAUAGUUGUAGCAUGAUAAAGCCUGCAGGUUUUUAGGCUUUGAUAUGUAGGCUUUGGCAUGCUGAAGCGUACAAUCACCGUCGUUUCGAUUCGGCACCUGCUAAAAUACUGUGCUGCUGAUUUAUCGAUGGAGUCUUUGUAAAUUGGUAACGGCAUGACAAUUGGUGGUAGAGUGGGAUAUUUUAGGCAGAAUUUCGUUCUAGAACGUUCUUAUAAUACAGUUCGGUUCUUUUGCUGCUUUUGCCACGCUCUGAACUACCGGCAGCUCCGAAGGUGUGUUAAUGGUUCAGCAUCCUACGACGUCCCCGUGAACUGUGUACAAAUGAAUUAUUUUGUUCGUGGUGGCGUUACCGGGUUAUCGACUGGAGAUGUCUUGUUCCCAAAUCUGUUGUUCUAACAUUAGGCGAGAGAGAAGAAACCAAUUUUCCCACGCGUGCCAAUAAUAGAAAUUAAUCAAAACUUGAGUCGCUGUAGCUGAAACUACGAUAAAAAAGAAACGUUUUCAUCUUUUCCAUUACUUCUUCCCGGAAAGCCGGUUACGUCGAGGUUCUCUGAUGUCGUACGGCGAGAUGUUUACAAAAAUUGACAAUCGAACGAAACGAUAGCAGGUAUGUAUACACACAGAGCCAUGUUCAUAUUAGCUUCGUGUAGCACGACAGUUAACUUUCAUGAAUUUUCAAAAAUCGAGUUUUUUUUUUGUCGUUGACAACGGAAACUCCAAAUAUCCCUUUUCCGUCACGUCCGUCAUUUUCUUCCUGUAUUUUUUUUCUUCUUUUUAGUAUUUAUUUCUUCUCAUUCGCGCAAGCCCUCCAGUUUCUCAACACUCAAAAAUUAGUGUUCCAGAUUAAAAAAUAUAUUUCAAGUGUAUGCUUCGCCGCAUUAAAUUUCAACUGACAGGGAUUGCGACUAAACGAAACCAUGUUACAUUCUAUUCUACAAAUGACGUUGAGGAUAAUGAGAGGCAGAGUAGACAGACGUGAGGCAAAUCUGGGUCCGAUAUGACGUCAUUGUAAAUGUUCACUAAGCCCUUCGAUCUGAUCAAGGCAAGUCAUAAAACUGACUCCCCUCGUGUUCGUUCAACAGUAGUGUACUUUUUACGUUACGAAUAUUCGUCUUUGCGAAAUGCACUUCGGACUCAGCCGUCGGAUGAGUUUCGCGCAAGUCUUUUUGUGUUCUACGACUUUGCGCCGCACUUUUCGAGACUGGAUAGAAUAAGAACUGAACGGAGACAAUUUGAAAGCCGCGGUUGACGGCACUGAUCAAUUUCGAUGUUCGUUUCUUUACACGCAUAUCUCGAAGGACGUAGAUUCGCAGACGCUGACAGAUGUCCCUAAAUAGCGAAAAAGUCCUUACAGUUUGGAUGAUGGAUAAUAUCAAAACCCUCGCGUCCACCCAGAAAAGUCGACCUUCGAAGUGUUACUCCCUCGUCCUUUACUGCGACUCUCCUCCUUCACACACAAACACACAGGCACGCCUUUGAAAAACACCCAGACCUGUCUAUCCUGGUUGAAACGCGCGUGUGUUUGUCUUUUAAGACGCGAAGAAGGCGCUUAUCUGGCCCCUAUUGUUCCAGGGUACACGCGACAGAAGCCCGAUAAAAAGCAUUGUUGUUGGCGUCGGUGAUUUAACAAUGUCGGGAUCGAAACUCCCGCUGUCUAAAGGCUUAUCGGCACCGUCCGCUUUUUAAGCGUUCCAGUAAUGACAGUUAGCCUCAAAAGUUAUGGGUCGACUAAGUUUUUCCCGAGUUGAUGGGCAUCGAAAGGGCACACCGCCGCACUGGCAUGACACGCGCUCUUAUUAUUCCGCUAAUCGUGCGAUUAGUGAUUUGCUGUUCAUUGAGAAAUAUUUUCAAUGUAGAUCUUUGAAUCCCGUGCGCUAAUAAAUAGACAGAACAUGCGACAGUACUACGCGCUUUCCUCUGCCCGUGUUCGAGCGCUCCAGAACGAGCAGUUGGGGUUUGGAUCUAAGUGAUGAAUGAUCCUUGAGUAAUUCUUUUAAAGAAGCAGGAAAUAGUUAACUCCCCGUUACAUACUAAGUAAAUGACCGGAGCAUUAAUGGGGCCCUUUCUUUCUUGGCGCUAAAGUUCUAUCGAUUCUAUUCGCAUGAGCAUCCGUUAGAGCGUGUUGUGGAAAUAAAUGCAGGGGGAGAUUUCGAUAACCUUCUAUUGAAUAUGUGAUGAAAUGAUAACAGAGUACCCCUGUGUUUUAGUAUUUGAUUGGCUGGCUCAUAUUAGGCAAGUGAACUUGCUCAAACUUCGAUUCGAUCUAUACUUCGCAAGCUUAAGUUGACUUACGCAGCUGCACAUAUACUGACCACCAUAGAAUAUACCACGCAAUAAAAGUUAACGUGCCUCGCGGCUUUUUGUAAGAGUAACGCUGGCGGGACCCUUUACCUAUGACCCGUUUUUAUGAGGCAAUAUUUACUGGAAAAUUAAGUAAACUCAUUCCAAAAAGCGAAUGUAUUGCUCGGAGUUCUGCUACAUAUACUAAUCCCCGAUAUACGAGUUAUUUGUGUAGCAACUACAUCUGAAUGAAAUUUUCAGCGUUCUUGCGAACGGCGCGUUUUAGCGAAUUCAGAUCGCAGUGGCGCCAUCUCGCCGUCGAUAGGGACACUAACCUUCUCAUAAAUCCAGCGGUCUGGAAAAACGGCGCCGUGUUUUGAGUUCGAGUUUGUUAAGUUGAACAUACAUGAACUGAGGAGGCCCUCUAAUAGCACGAGGAAAGAAUGGAGUGAUACUAUUUUUGAAACAAAGAAAAGUAUCUUCACCCCAAAAAAAAAAAAAGAAACCUUGCCGUAUUCUGCAGAACAAUCGAGACUCUUCAUUCUUGACGCGACAGUAUACAGAUCGUGCAAGUACAUGCGUCCGCUUUCAAAGCUCAGUAUAACAUGUUCAUUUCUUGCUACCGCACCACAAAUGCCACUGAAGCGUGAAAUACAUACCUAGUCAAGCGGCACUCCGAGAUCUUGUUAUGACAUAUAACAUUUACAUAUACACACGUUUUGUCAAACUGAAAUGUAACAGGGAACCAAAAUUGGGACUUCCUUCCGUACACCACUUUCAGUACGUGCUGCUGGCGGUUCAAAACUCCGCGUAAAAUUAAAAAAAAAAAAAGAAACGUUUCUGUCUGUUUCGCGAAUGAAUAGCUUGUGCUACGAUGUAGUCACUUUAUGUCGUCUAGCGUGUUGUUAUUAUGUGUGCAACAACAUUAAAGACAAAACGUUUCGCAAUAAUGUGCACCAUGGGGCCUCUUUCUUAUAUAAAACAUGAUACGGACCUCCCCAUUUGAAAGCCUGUUACUUCUCAUUUUUCCGCGUUGUUGUGUUUCCUGCUAUCAAGCAUGACGUGUGACUAUACACAGUAUUUUUUUUUUUUGCGUCUCUCGUGUAUAAAGUGUUUUGUCGUGGUGCACAGUAUACCGUUUCUUUCCUCUUUUUUUUUCGUCAAUGUCGCCGAACCAAUGGGUACUAUACGUGGCCUCUAUGUGGAGCCCUGGGAACAGAACAGACAUAUCAGUUUUGUGUGAGCCCUGCAGCCUCCCAUCGCGAUGUGUCCGAUAACGUUGGCUCCGCUGCUGUCACGCUUGGUUAUAUCGCGCGUACAUUAAUCGUACCCACGUACACAAAGACGGAAAUUGAACACCUCGUUCUGCAUCCUACAGCGAUGUUUUGCCUGCCCUGUUGUGUUCUCCUUGUUUUCAUUAGGCUUGCAAAGAGUGUUGUAAUUCCCCCGUUCCAAGCUCCAAAUAAAACGAUCUUCUAUUUUGAA